AUGGGCAUGCGCAACUGCCUCUACGGCAAUAAUAUGUCAGGACAACGCGAUAUCCCCCUUGAGCCCGAGGAACAGCCCGAGCAACCAUCUCUGGAGGCCUCAGGGGCAGCUGCCCCCAGUGCUGGGCCUGGCGCAGCCGAAGAAAUGGAGGCCCAAUCGCCUCCCAGGGAGCCCAUCCCCAUCGAGACUGAAGGCGAGGCCUGUGGACCUCCAGAGGCCUCCAGACCCAACGUCCAGAGUGAGGCAGUCCAGGAAGCCGGAGCCCAUGGAGGCUACAGCCCACCUCCAGAGGAGGCCAUGCCCUUCGAGGUCAAGCAGCCCAGCGUGGGAGGCUUCUGGCCGGCCCUGGAGCAGCCUGGAAACGCCAGGGGGGCCCUUAGCCCAGUGCUGGUGCAGCCCAGAGCCCGCUGGGAGGCCAGACCAGACCUGGGCAGCUACAGCCCUCCGCCCGAAGAGGCCAUGCCCUUCGAGAGCGAGCAGCCUGCCCAGGGAGCGUGCAGCCAGCCUCUCCUGCAGAUCUCCGAGCUCGCGCCAGGAGGCCCGGCCGUGGGGGUCUUUAGCGCCCCCUCAGAGGAGCCCCAAGUCCGCAGACCUGCCUACGCAGGCUGCGGAGGAAACUGCAGCCCUCCCCCUGAGGAGGCGAUGCCAUUUGCGUUUGAUGGAGCAGCCUUGGGGGACGACAGCCCACCCCCUGGGCUCCCCCGAGCUACCCUACAAAUCCACGACGGUGGCGGCGGCCACUUCGCGGCAGUCGCGGAGCCGCGUGCGAUCCUCCUCGCUCCCGCCGCGAACGAGCCCCCCCUCUGGGACCCAGGAGCCAGCGUCAGCACAUCCGGAGAGGCUGUCAGAGCUCCUCCACACUUCGUGGGCGACAGCCCCCCGAUGGAGGUCUCCGGACCCCAGCUCGAGAUUGGUAGCGCCCCCGCUGGGGUCGACGACGCUCCCGUCAACAUGGACAGCCCCCCAAUCGCGCCUGACAGCCCGCCCAUCGAGGUCUCCGGAGCCCCAGUUAAGAGAGAGCCAGCAGAGGGAGAGAGACCCCCAGUUGAAGGCGAAGCAGCCGAGAUGGAAGGAAGCUCAGCCGCUGCAGCCGCAGCCGCAGCCGCAGCCGCAGAGGGAGACAAACUCCCUCCUCUCGGAGACGGAGACCGAAACCGAGACGGAGACGGAGACGGAGACGGAGACCGAGCUCCUGCCGCCGGGGCCCCUGCUGCCGCCCCCGAAGCUCCAGACGCCGGGGCAGCCGCCGCUGCCUCAGCUGCCCCAGCAGCUCCGGAAGCCCCAGCAGCUCCAGAAGCCACAGCAGCUCCAGAAGCCCCAGCAGCGCCCGCUGCCCCGGCCACUCCAGCCGCCCCGGCCGCUCCCGCCGCCCGAGCAGCUUCUGCUACCCGGCCCGCUCUCGCCGCCAGGCCGGCUGCCCGUGCGGCCCGAGCCGCCCGAGCCGCCCAAGCAGCUCGAGCCGUGUCUGCUGCCUGGGCAGCCCCAGCCCCAGCCCCAGCCCCAGUCCCAGCCCCAGGCCCAGCCAGCGGAGCCCGCCCCAACCCCCGUUUCCUUAGACCCCCCAGCCCCGAGAUCCAGGCUGCCGAUCCGCCUACUCCGCAGCCUGCUCGCUCGUAUGCCUGGCGGGCCGGGUCCGAGCGCGGCCGCGACGACCGCGACGACGGAGGAUCGGCCAGCAGCAGCGAUGAGUCCGACGAGAGGGCCUUCGGAUGCUUCGUCUGCUGUCAGCAGAAGCGAGAUCACCCCAGACCAAAGCCGAAGUGUAACUUGUUCCGCAACUUCUUCGAUCGGGCCUUCCAGAGCUGCUUCGGCCAACCUGAGAACGACGAGUUCAGAGUCCCGCACAGUCCCAAGGUCACGACGAUUCCUAUGGUGGAGACUUGCAGACCGAUGUGCCUGGAAACCCAGGAGCAGCGCUUCCAGAUGCGCGAGCAGAGGAAGCGCAGCCAGCUCAUCGACCGGCAGCUACAGGAGGAGAAGAUGGGUUACACGUGUACGCACCGCCUGCUGCUUCUAGGGAGAAAAGAGGUGGUGUACAACACUGGGGGUCGUUUCCAGCUGGACAAACCAGCGACCGUAGGACGACCCCAAAUCCUGGGGUGGGGGACGGCAAGAAAGGCGGGGUCCUCAGGUGCGGGAGAGUCUGGUAAAAGCACCAUUGUCAAGCAAAUGAGGAUUCUGCAUGUUAAUGGGUUUAAUGGAGAGGGCGGCGAAGAGGACCCGCAGGCUGCCAGGAGCAACAGCGAAGGUGAGAAGGCCACCAAAGUGCAGGACAUCAAAAACAACCUGAAGGAGGCCAUUGAAACCAUUGUGGCCGCCAUGAGCAACCUGGUGCCGCCCGUGGAGCUGGCCAACCCCGAGAACCAGUUCCGCGUGGACUACAUUCUGAGUGUGAUGAACGUGCCCGACUUUGAUUUCCCUCCCGAAUUCUACGAGCACGCCAAGGCUCUGUGGGAGGACGAGGGCGUCCGAGCCUGCUAUGAGCGCUCCAACGAGUACCAGCUGAUUGACUGUGCCCAGUACUUCCUGGACAAGAUUGAUGUCAUCAAGCAGGACGACUAUGUCCCCAGCGAUCAGGACCUGCUUCGCUGCCGUGUCCUGACUUCUGGAAUCUUUGAGACCAAGUUCCAGGUGGACAAAGUCAACUUCCACAUGUUUGACGUGGGCGGCCAGCGUGACGAACGCCGCAAAUGGAUUCAAUGCUUCAAUGAUGUGACUGCCAUCAUCUUCGUGGUGGCCAGCAGCAGCUACAACAUGGUCAUUCGGGAGGACAACCAGACCAACCGCCUGCAGGAGGCUCUGAACCUCUUCAAGAGCAUCUGGAACAACAGAUGGCUGCGCACCAUCUCUGUGAUUCUGUUCCUCAACAAGCAAGACCUGCUCGCUGAGAAAGUCCUUGCUGGAAAAUCGAAAAUUGAGGACUACUUUCCAGAAUUUGCUCGCUACACUACUCCUGAGGAUGCGACUCCUGAGCCUGGAGAGGACCCACGCGUGACCCGGGCCAAGUACUUCAUCCGCGACGAGUUUCUGAGAAUCAGCACUGCCAGUGGAGAUGGGCGCCACUACUGCUACCCUCACUUCACCUGCGCUGUGGACACCGAGAACAUCCGCCGUGUGUUCAACGACUGCCGCGACAUCAUCCAGCGCAUGCACCUCCGUCAGUAUGAGCUGCUCUAAGAAGGGAACCCCCAAAUUUAAUUAAAGCCUUAAGCACAAUUAAUUAAAAAUGAAAUGUACACGCAGUUAAUCACCCACCAUAGGGCAUGAUUAACAAAGCAACCUUUCCUCUCCCCCUUGAGUGAUUUUGCGAAACCCCCUUUUCCCUUUCAGCUUGCUUAAAUAUUCCAAAUUUAGAAAGCUUAAGGCGGCCUUCAGAUAAAGAAAAAGAAAAAAAAGGCCAAAAUGGUUCCCUCUCUCUUUAAGUAACUAAAAUUAACAGCAGCAAACAGAAAUAAAAGAAAUAAAUGAAUUAAAUGAAUUAAAUAUUGUCUUGUGCAGCAUUAAAAAAUCAAUAAAAAUUUAAAAAUAGCA